AUGCAUCAACAAAGUUGUAUGGUGAUCUUGGGGCUGAAUAACGAGUUACUGAAAGAUGUAUUAGAGCAGGAAGAAAGCAACAAUGACUGCAUGGAAGACCUAGAUGAUAUUACCAACAUUGAAGCUAAUGAUACUAACCAAGAUGACGAAUAUCCAGAGUUAAAGAAGGGUAUAAAUCUUCCCAAAACUAAUUCAGAAUGGCUAACGGACAUUUCAAAUCUUCCUUAAUGUCCAAUCCUCCAAUCAAAAGUCAUGAUUUAAAUUCAUCAAUUAACUUAUUGAAUAACACCAUCUACAACUAUUUCGCUGAGAACUUAGACUGUGUAGAAGCCUGCCGGAUAAUUCACUCAAAGAUAAAUAUAAAAAUCACACUAUAAAGGACUUAAAGAAAACUUUAAAACAACUAAAAUUGUCAAACUGUGAUCUUGCUGAAAUUAAAUAUGUUUCUCAUCUUGUGUGUGAUAAGCCGAAAAAUUGCCAGACUAAUCAUAAUCUUGUUAAUAAUACUGAAAAAUCCUUUAACCACAAUAAAUGCUUUGAACGAAAUUUCUGGGGAUAUGUAAAGAAAGUCCUUAAUUACAACGAAUCCAUCCUCCCAACUUUCAAUAUAGACGAUUGCGUAAAACAUUUUAAGACAGUCACAAAUGGCAUAUAUGAUCAAUCAAGCACAAAUUAGACAGCGAUCCUUAGUUAUAACUAGAUGGUGUUUCUCUUCUUCAUGCUUUGUCGGUUCAAUUACAGAAUACAGAAGAAAUUUUAUUUGCUUGUUGACAGCAAUUGUUGUACACCAUUUCUUAAUCGGGAAAAUUCCUCUUGUUAUGCCAGUUUCCCCACCAAGCACAGCUUAGAUGCCGUGAUGCCCGCCAAAUGUUCCUUGGCAGGGUCAUUCAGACCUUGCUGCCCACCACAGAUCUGUGGCGGAAGGGCGCCCAAUGCAGUCUGGGACCGACCUGCAUGAUCAGCUGUUUGUACGAGAAAUUUUGCUGAUGCAAUAAUCAUGAACCAGUAGAAAAGCAUUUCCUGAAAGAGGCAAGGCAUGGUUGAGGAUAGGUACUUUGUUGAAUUCUUUGCAAUCUCCAAUUUUUCGUGUAACCCAGAGGUAUGUGCAUGACCGAUAUGCCUUGCUUGAAAAGAAAUACAAGAAGAAAGUCAAGGAAGAAACUCUUGCAAGUGGAAUAUCCUGCGAGGAGAAUGAAGUAGAUAUUGGCAUGAAUGAAAUUGUCUCAUUGUUUUAUGAAGCUGGCAUAGAGCAUGAAAGAGUUGCAGCAGAGAAGAAAAACUUGAGGAAGAAACCAAGCAAGCAUCUGAAAUGA